CAGUACUGUAAAUGCACCGCCGAGUUAAGGUUUCGCGGGCGAAAGGUUGAUUGGUGGGGCCGAGCUCCAAGGCAGACCUCGAAGUCGCGUCGCUGUGUGCAUUGACAUCAUAUCCACACGCGUCGGUCCAUCCACAGCCACUUGCGCAAGGCAUGCACCAUGUCGGACUCCGAAGACGACCUGUCCACACCCGCCAACAUCCCUCCCGACUCGGAGAUCGAGCAAUGCCUUCGCCGCGUGACUCGCGCUGCGCUGAAGAACGAUGAAGACGUCACGAUCAACUCGGCCCGAUCGAGGGCGGAGAAGGAACUUGAAUUGGACGAGGGAUUCUUCAAGGAUACUGCAGCGUGGAAGAAUCGUAGCAAGGACAUUGUCAAGGCCGAGGCGGAUGAGGCGGACAGGCUGAAGAAUCAACCGGCCCCCAAGGCUGGGACGAAGCGCAAGUCGGACGAAGCACCUGUACAGAGCAAGAAGAGGGCGAGAAAACCGACGCCUACGGAGACAGAGGGUGCAGGCAAGCGCUCCGCGAAAACAUCAAAAGCUGCCGCCACCAAGGCGAAACAAGCCGACGUGCCGAGUGACACAGGCAGCUCGCUCUCCGAUCUCCCCGAGUCCGAUCUAGGCGGCGUUGCCAAGCAAGACGAAAAGUCGCGUGAAGAAGAGGAGGAAAGCGACUACUCCAUCGUAAACGACGACCCACCGCCCAAGCAGAAACGGCAGAAAAAGUCCACGUCUCCAGCGGCCAAAAAGUCACAACCCAAAAAGCAAUCCAAACCCGACAAAGCCAAGUCGUCGACCGCGGACAAAGGCAAAGAACUGUCCCCAGACGAGGAAGAGAUCAAACGCCUUCAGUCCUGGCUGCUCAAAUGCGGCGUACGCAAGCUCUGGCACCGCGAAUUGGCACCCUACGACUCGGCGAAAGACAAGAUCCGGCAUUUGAAGAGAAUGUUGGACGACGUGGGAAUGACUGGACGCUUUAGUGCAGAGAAGGCGAAGCAGAUCAAAGAAGCGCGGGAGCUGAAGGAUGAGCUGGAAGCAGCUAGGGAGUUCAACGAGAAAUGGGGUGACGGCGCUGGGAGUGGGAGUGACGAAGACGAAGGGCGGGACAGGAAGGCUAAGCAGGCCGCCGUUGCGCCACAGCGAAGACUGAAGCCGAAAGGGUUGAUAGACUUGAGUGACGAUGACGACGGGGAUAGUGAUUGACGUGGUUCGAGUCUACGAAUAGACGCAUGAGCAUAGGCAUCACGACUUUUGCGGAUCGUGACCUGCAUAACGGAGAAUCAAUUCGGUGUCCGCUCGGC